AUGCCAUUUGAGUACUGUGCGAAAGACUUGGUCCCUGCAAGUGCUCAAAUGCCUAUCACUAAAUACAAGGCCGCCGCUCUCCAUGAGGUCACCUCCGAGCCCCGGUGGUUCGACCUCGAGGCUGGCGUGCUGAAGACGAUCAACUUCAUCAACGAGGCCGGCCAGGCAGGAUGCAAGCUUGUCGCCUUCCCAGAAGUCUGGAUCCCCGGCUACCCCUAUUGGAUGUGGAAGGUGACCUACCUCCAGAGCCUGCCCAUGCUCAAGAAGUACCGCGAGAACUCGCUCCGCGUCGACUCGGAGGAGAUGCGCCGCAUCCGCCGCGCCGCCCGCGACAACCAGGUCUUCGUCUCCAUGGGCUUCUCCGAGCUCGACCACGCGACGCUGUACCUGGCGCAGGUGCUCAUCACGCCGACGGGCGAUAUUGUGAACCACCGGCGCAAGAUCAAGCCGACGCACGUGGAGAAGCUUGUCUACGGCGACGGCGCCGGCGACACGUUCAUGUCGGUCGUUGAGACGGAGAUUGGGCCGUGUCGGCCAGCUCAACUGCUGGGAGACAUGAAUCCGUUCCUCAAGGCCCUCAACGUCAGCAUGGGCGAGCAGGUCCAACGUCGCCCGCGUGGCCCGUGUACCCGGACGGGCGCGUGGGUGCUCGCGCCCUUUCAGCGGCUGUCGGUCGAGGGAUUGAAGAUGAACACGCCCGAGGGCGUCGAGCCCGAGACAGACCCUUCGGUGUACAACGGGCACGCGCGCAUCUACAGGCCUGAUGGUAGCCUGGUGGUCAAGCCGGAGAAGGACUUUGACGGGCUGCUGUUUGUGGACAUUGACCUCAACGAGACGCACCUGACGAAAGUGCUUGCCGACUUUGCGGGGCACUAUAUGCGACCAGACCUCAUUCGGCUUCUUGUCGACACGCGCCGCAAGGAGCUCGUCACCGAGGCAGAGGGACAGAACGGCAUAGAGUCAUAUAGCACGGCGCACCGCCUUGGGCUGGAUCGCCCCCUUGAUAGCGUGCCAGAGCGGGACGUCAAGAAGGUUGGCGGGAAUGAGGCAGCUCUCAAGAACACUCACGAGGGUUAG